AAUUAUUUUUAAAAUAUUAACAAAUAAUCAUAAUUUUUUUUCGACCACAUUAUGUCAUAAAUUUAUGUUACAGAGAUUCAAUGAUCGAAUUCAGUAAUCAGCUUAUAGUCACGCAAUGUUUUUUUUUUUUUUUCAAUAGUUAUUCAAUUUCUUUCAUGUAUUAUGUACAUAUAUAUAAUAUUUCCAAAGUAUAUGUAAAUUUAUUUGCACUCAAUAAGGCCUCUUUCACUGUGCACAGUAAUUUUUCAAUUUAGUUAUCACGAGUUGGUUCAACGAUACAAACAUUAUUUUUAAUCAACACUUUGUGAACCAUGAAAAUUUUAUUUUAUUUUCAAAUCACAAUUAUUAAUAAUAAAACAACAAAAAAAAAUUAUUAAAUUAAAUAAAUAAAAUAUUAUUAAAUUAAUUUGCAUAAUUGUUAUUCAAAAAAUUAAUUUUAAAUAUUAUUUUUUUUUAACGAUUUAAUUAUAAUAUAUAAUUUUAAUUAAAUUUUAUUAUCCGAAUCAAUGAGUUGUUGUUGCAAAAUAUUAUUAUCAACUGGAUAAAUUAAAAUAAAAUAAAAUAAAAAUAUUGAUUGUGAUAAAGUGAUUGAUUAUUUUAUUAAAAAAAUUUUUUAAAUUAAAAAGUAAAUUUUUAAUUUUUUUUCAAGACAAUUGACGUAAUGUUUGAAGUUGACGACAGUGAUAUUGUAAAUAAUUUUGACAAAGAAAUUCAAUGUUUUAUUAAUAAUAAAAAAAUAAUAAUAAUAAUGUCAAUAAGAUCGAAGGUCAAUGCAACAAGUCAACUAUGAGUGAAUUAAAAAAUUGUUAUUCAAGUGAAAAUUUAGACUAUUCAAAUUGUAAAAAUAUAUUAUACAAUGAUACAUCAUCAUUAUUAAAAUUAAAUGAUGAUAAUAAUAAUUUAAAUUUAUCAAAAAACGAAUUUACUGAUGUGUCAUUAAACAUGGAAAAUAUUGAAUUAAAUUCAUUAAAAUUUGAUGAUAAUUAUAAUGAUUUAGAUAUUGAUUCAAUUGAAAAAGAUUCUGUAUUAGAGUGUAAUGAAUUUGAUGAUAAUAAUAAUACACCAUUAUUAAUACCAGUAAUGUGUAAUAAAUUAUUUAAUAAUGAUGAUAAAAUAACAGCUUACAGUUAUACACCAGAAAGAAUAAUUAAAAAUCAUGAUUACAGAAUAUUAACACCAUCACCAAAUUUUUUUCCAGACUUACCAAAUUCUUUGUAUUAUAAAAAAAAUUAUAAUAAUAAUAUAAAUGAUAAAUUAACAAUUAAAAAAUUAGAAAAUUUAAUUGAUUCAUCAAAAUUUGGAUCACGACAUUUAAAAGAAUUAAUGAAUCAACGAGAUGCUGAAAUAUUUGUACCAGUAUCAUUACGUUAUCGUAAAUAUUUAAAAAAUAGAUCUAAAAAAUUUAAUUAUGAUGACGAUGUAUUAGAAAAAGAUCCAUUGAAUAUAGCUAAUUGUGAUACACCAAGUGACAUUGAAAUACCAGAAUUAGAGAGUAGCACAAGUUCAAGUAUAAGUUGUAAUGAUUUUAAAAAAAGUUAUAAAAAAAUACCAGUAUGUUUAUCUGAUGAGCUUGCAACAGCAUCAAAUGUUUAUACAACAAUUGAUUCACAUCAUACUAAAAUAGCAUUUAAUAAAGUUGUUGAAAUAUUAGAAAGUCUUGAUAGUAAUCCUGAUCAAGCUGAUGUUUUAAUUGAAGAUAGAUUUUGUUCUGGUCAUUGUGGACAUGAUCGUUUAACACGUCUUGCACUUUCAAUUGAACAAGAAGACGAAACUUAUGUUACUGUUAAUCAAGAAAAUUGUCAUGAUGUUUUUAAUCAACUUAUACAAAAAGUUGAAAAAUUACAAUCAUCAACUAAAGGAAUUUUUAAAGAUGUUGAAAUUUUAAGAAAAGAUUAUCAAUAUGAAGAUAAAAAAAUGGAAAUUUUAGAAAUUGAAACAUCAAGUUUACGUCAUGAAGUAAAAGAGCUAAAAUAUCUUGAUGAUUUAGUUAAUCUUUUACGUGGUGAACUUAAUAAAAUAUCACAAAGAAAUUGGCCUUUUCUUUUAGGACACAAUGAUAAUUCCAAUGAAGAAAUAAAUUUAGUUGUAUAAUUAUCAAACAAUUAUUCUUUUUAAAUUAUAAUUACAAUAAUAAAUUAACCAGACAAGAUAAAAAAUUCUUUGCAAAACAUUUAUUCAACGAAUAUUGAAAUUGAAAUUGAUUCAACAAAAUAUUUUAUAUCUAUUUUUAAUUAAGUAACCAAAGAAAUAUUUGAAAAUUAAAUCAUUGACUAUCACAAUUAAUUCAUGUAAAUUAAAUUAAAAGAAAUGUAAUAAUAUUUUUUGCUGUAAAUUAAUCAACAAAAAUCUACACGAUUUAUGGAUAAAUGUAAUUUUUUUUUGUUAUUUGGAAAAUGAAAGGAAAAAAAAAAAAUUAUUAUUAAUAUAAUUUUUAAUUGUGUUGUUAUCAUGCUACCUUCUUCUUUCACCUUUAACGGUUUUACGUUUUUCUUUUUUCUCUUCUUUUAAUUGUUUUUGUUUUUCUCUAUAAAAAAAAAAACAUUAAUUAACACAUAUUAUUAUAAAUAUAAAAAUAACAUAAGUUAUAUUUUAAAAUAUAUAUAUAAAAAUUAAUAACAUACCGAUCUUUUUUAUCUUUUUCUUUUUUUUCUUGACUUUCAAGUUUAGCACGUUCACGUUUUUCUUUUAAUUGUUGUGCAAUAUUUGCUGCAUUUGUAUUUUUUUCAAUGCCACCAUCACCACUACCACCAUUACCACCACCACCAGUAGCAGUGUCAUCAUCACCUUCAGCAUCACUUUCUUCACCAUCAGUCAUUUCACUGUAUUGUGCUAAAAUUGCUUCACGUAUUCUUCUCUCUUCAACAGUACAUGUUGUUCUUUGAGCUGUCUUUGGUAAAUUUUGUGAAUCCAAUAAUUUUGCUAAACGUACUUCAACAUCCUCAG